GUUGUCAAAAUCAAUUCACGUCUCACAAUUUGUUUAAAAAAUGUUUAUUUACCGAAAAUCCCAAGCGUAAUACCAAACUUCUCCCCCAUGCCGAUAAAUUAAGUGUCAUCAACCAUAAUUAGGUUAUUUUCAUUACUUUGACGAAACUGAAGCCUCGAGAAUCAAGAUGCAUGAUACGAUAUUGCGCCUUGCUGAUGUGUGGAAGACGUGCAACAAGAUUCGCGCCGCCGCUUUCCGCGUGGGCCUCAACUUAUGGGACUGGUACCGUCCGCUGGACCCAGAGGGCAACUCGCUCAUCUCUGAAUCGAAGUUCGUGUCUGUGCUAGCCGGGCCGCUGCGCCCCGUGGUCGGCCUGUCCGAUGCCGAGAUCUCGCAACUCGCCGACUACUUCCGCGCGCAAGACGGACGCGUCCUCUACCACCAGCUGUGUCAGCUUAUCCAUGGCGAAGAUGCGGGCGGGCGCGACAAGAUAUCCGCCGACUGUCUGCUGGAGGCCUGCCCUCCGCCGCCGGAGCCAGAAUGCCACCGCCUCGACCAGUGGCAGAUGAGGCGUCUCUGCUGCUUGCUGGCCACCAUCGCGGCGCGAGAACUGCCUUUGAAACCUUACUUCCAGGAUUAUGAACUGGUAGCAAAAAAUGACGGCCGUAUCACAUUCGCUCACUUCGCCCGCAUCCUCAACUACAUCGGCGUGCUGGUGUCCCCUGAGGACUUCAAUUUGCUGGUGCGCCGGUUCAUCAAGGACUCCUACACGCUGGACUACGUCGAGUUCCUUAAGGCUGUUGAGGCGGUUAAGAAGGAGGGCAUUAGAGGGCUUGGCGUGGAGUACAACAACCCUGUGGCGGUGAUCGACACGACGCUGCCCAAGCUGGUCCGUCCCGAGAUCGACGCCGGGCGCUCCACAGCGCCCCUCGGCGCCAACGAAUGUUUCCACCCGGUGCUCCAGCAGCCCAAGCCGACGCGCCAACUCAUCGAGCUGAUGCUGCGCGUCCAGGAGUUCGUGUUGCAGCGGAAGAUACGGGUUUCGGAGUACUUUAGAGACUUCGAUCCCCUGAACAGUGGUCGAAUCGCGCCGGCGGACUUCCGUCGCGCGAUGGACGCAAUGGGGCUGGGGACAGUUCUAUCGCCGCAGGAGGCAGUUUGCGUGCUUCGACACUACGUGGACCCUAACGACAACAACCGAAUCUGCUGGCGGACGUUUGAGGAUGACUGCGAUCAAGUUUUCACCAUAAAAGAGCUGGAGAAGCACCCGGACGUGUACCCGGGCGCGGUAGCGGAGGCGGUAGCGGCGCUGCCAGCGACCGGGUCCGCGAGCGAUCGCGGCGGGCUAGGGGACCUCGAGCUAGACGCGGCGCAGGCGGCGUUACUGCGCGUGCGAGCCGCGGUCAAAGAGAGGAGCAUAGAUCUCAGACCGUCCUUUGGAGAGCAUGACGAACACAACAACGGCCACGUGUCCCGCGGGCAGCUCCGGCGCGUCCUCGCCCGCCUCGGCGUGCUGCCCACACCCGAGCAAGUCCGAGCCCUAGAGGUCCGCUACCUGGACGACUGCGGCUUCAGCUACGUGAAGCUGCUGGAUGACUUGGAAGAGAGACCGGUGGAGAGCGCGGUCAUCUCGGGGCCGCCGGUCGUGCCGCGAGGACAGAAGAGCAGGACGGCGAACCCGCUGGAGACGGAUAUAGUGCAAAUACUGGCGAAGAUUAAGGGGAAGAUGGUCCGUGAAGGCAUACGGCCCUUGGACUUCCUGCAGCAGUAUGACAAGCACAACGAGCUGGUGAUCCCGCGCGCCGACUUCUACCGCGGGCUUGCGUCUGCGGGGCUUGCGCUCACUCCCUUGGAGAUGGAUACGCUUAUGGAAGUGUUCUGCGCACCCGCGCGCCGUCGCUACGUGGAGUACCGCCGGUUCGCGGAGACCGUGGGAGAAUGCCUCACGCAGGGCAGCCUCGAACGAGCACCGCUCCUUGAACCCAUACCUCAUAUCCCAACCAUCGACUCGCCGUUCAACCACCUCAACUUUGAGGAGAGGCAUAUCGUGUCUCUCGCUCUCGCCAAGCUGGCUAAGUUCCCUGACCAGAUGUCGAACAUUCUCGAGGUGUUUAAGGAUAUGGACAAGGAGCGUUGCGGCACGAUCCCGCGCGUGUCCGCGGACCGGGCGUUGUGUACACGCGGCCUUCUCUCCCUGCUCUCAGCUCGGGAACGAGACCUAGUUUACAAGGCGUUCGGCUACCAGCGCGGCUGCGGCGAUGAGGUGAACUACCGAGCGUUGUGCAGUGCCCUAGACAUCAUAUUUGCCACGGCGAGCGCCCCACCUUGCUGACCCUUGCCCUCCGUACUUCCACCGAAUGGAGUCCAGUCACCAUCA